ACGAAAACAAACAAACUUUCUGAGUUGUAUUCUAAGUUAAUAAUGAAUUAGUUACACACAAAGUUAAUAAACCUGUUGAUUAUAAUAAAUGAAUUUUGUGUUUUGAUGUAUUUAUAAUCUUCUAACUUGUACAACGAAUUUCCCGCGCAAAAUGUCUAAAGUGGAAUUAGUAGAGGAUUUCUUUGGAGUUUAUUUGCUGUACUGCCUGAAUCCUAGGUAUAAGGGACGAACUUAUAUUGGCUAUACAAGAGACCCUAACCGGAGGAUCAAGCAGCACAAUAGAGGUACCUGGGCGGGGGGCGCUUUCCGUACUAGUAACAAAGGACCUUGGAAAAUGGUGCUAAUAGUGCAUGGAUUUCCAAACAACAUUUCUGCAUUAAGAUUUGAAUGGGCUUGGCAGAACCCAACAAAAACAAUCAGACUCCAGCACCUGAACUUGAAGAAGAUUCCGAGGAAAGAGACUCACUACCAGUUUCAGCUGAGGAUAUUAUCAGAGAUGCUCCAAGUGGGUCCUUGGUGCCGGCUGCCUUUGGUCAUACGAUGGCUUGAAAAUGAAUAUUAUGAAGGUUUUCCUCCAGAGAGAAAACCACCAAGUCAUAUGACAAUAUGCCAGGGUCCUGUAAAAAGCAGAAAUCUGAAGAAAUCAAAUAAUAAAUCAGACCCUAUCAAUAUUGAAUGCUUGCUUUGUAGUAAAUCUAUAACAUGUUCAAAAUCUAAACUCUCUUGUUUGAAUCCAAAUUGUGAACUUAUUGCUCAUUUGCAUUGCUUAGCUAAUAUAUUUUUAAUACCAGGGGAGUAUGUGCCUAUAGAAGGAAGUUGUCCCUUUUGCGACAUUCCCCUAAAAUGGGGUGAUUUAAUUAGGAAGAUGAAGGGUUGUCAAGAUUCUUCAUGUGACGAUAAUGUUAAUGAAGAAAAAGAUUUUAGUGAAGAAAACGAGGAUGAUAUAAGUGAUGAUGAAAAUAUAAUUUGUUCACAAGACAGAGGAUUUGUUGAUAACAAUUCUCUUUGGUUGCAAGUGUAAAAAACUUCAUAUUAUUUACUUAUUUUUGAUUAGUACUUAGGGUAAUGGUUGAAUUAUUUAGGUAUUUAUUUAUAGUUUUAAAUAUAGACAUUUUUUUAAGUAGAUACAUAAUUUUAUAUAAUUUAAGGAAUAAUUAUUACCACUAAAAACAUUUUUUUUACAUUAUACACAUUUAUACAUAAAAAUAAACCAAUAGAUGGAUUUAUAACUCACUAGUAAUGGUAAAU